AUGGCCUCUUUGGAGCAAUUUCCGGUGGCAACCGACGAGACCGCCGUUGCCGAUCGAGCGGGCGGUGGAACCACCGUGCAUCACCCUCUGGAUCCCCGCGACAUGGAUUUGUCAGGGGAGGAGCACGUGCCCAAGGCGCGGAAGCCGUACACGAUCACGAAGCAGCGGGAGAAGUGGACGGAGGACGAGCACCGGCGGUUCCUUGAGGCCCUGCAGCUGCACGGUCGCGCCUGGCGCCGCAUACAAGAGCACAUCGGCACCAAGACCGCCGUGCAAAUCCGGAGCCACGCGCAGAAGUUCUUCACCAAGGUGGUCCGAGAAUCAUCGUCAGGAACAGGAAGCAACGCCUCCGCGGGCGCCGCGCCGGCGAUCCAGAUCCCGCCGCCGCGCCCCAAGAGGAAGCCGGCGCACCCUUACCCGCGCAAAGUGGACGCCGCGGCCAAGAAGCCCGCGCCGGAGUUAAAGCAGCUGGAGAAGCCGCCGCCUCUGCACGACCAGGAUGAAGAAGGGUCGCCGACGUCGGUGCUUACCUCGGCGCACACGGUGUUACGAGCGGAGGAGGGGCUGGGCAGCGUGUUCGCGAACAGUUCGAGCGCCAGCAGGUUGCCGGCCCUGUCAGCUGCCGGUUCCGAUGAGCGUGGCAACGGCGGCGGCUCGCUGGCCUCGUCGGUGGACGGAGAGGACGCCUGCGCAUCACCGAGGACGACAGUGCCAUACACCACCAAGGUGCUCGGUGAUGCAAACGAAGUGGGAUCAGAAGCUCCAAUCUUCAAGCUGUUCGGAAAGAAAGUCGUGGUGGAAGACCUGAAAACGGACUCUUCACCUGCGAGCGCUGUCCAGGCAAUCAGAAACGGAAAUCCUAUCGGUGCCGCAGGAGCGACGAGCCCCUGGAAUCCGUGGCAGGGCAGCGUCCAGGUGCAGCAGCUCAUGUACUUGGUUCCCCAGCCCGACGGCCUCGCGGCGCAACCCGUCGUGCCGUGGUUCGGCUACAACGGGAGCCUGCCGUGCGCGGUGUUCUACCCGCAGGCGGUGGCUUCUUCAGCUCAGGAGCACCAGCAGCAACAGCAGGCUUCAGAGCUUCUGGAUCACAGACGCGCGCAGAGGGAAGGGUCGCUGACAGGUUCGAACAUGGCGGCCUCCAGCGCCGCCGCCGUGCCGGCCGCGUCGGCGGCGCAGAACUCGGACCCCGCGGAGUCGUCCCGCCACGGUCCCAGGCAAGAAAACACUACCAGCGACGGCUACGCGGCGCCGCGGCGGGCUGCCGCCGUCCCGCGGCUGACCAAGUGCGCCAGCUCGGCUUCCUUCAGCGGGAGAGGGUUCGUGCCGUACAAGCGGUGCGCGGCCGAGAACGAGGCGCCGCGGCCGGUGGCGCCCGGAGAGGAGGCCGACGGCGAGCUGACGAGGCUGUGCUUGUGA